GAUCUAUUGUAUUGAUGGAAGACGAUAUAUUUUAUUCCCAUUUUCGGAUGCGAAGAAGCACGUUCAAGAGGCUGAUGACUAUGCUACAACCAAUGUGGACCGAAUCAUCAACAGAUCGUACUGCAGUUUCCAUGGAAAAGGCAUUGUAUUUGACAAUUUGGAAGCUUUCCAAUAAUACAUCAUUUCGACAAAUUAGUGACAGAUUUGAUGUAGGAAUGGGCGCCACUUAUAGAGCAUUUAUUAAAAUCCUCAAACUUAUAUGUCGUCUAAAAUCGACAAUAAUAAAAUUUCCAACUACUACUGCAGCUCAAAAAAAGAUCGCUGAUGGGUUUUCUCAACGUCGCCACAAUAUAUUUCCUUUUGUAUUAGGAUGCAUUGAUGGAACGCAAAUUCCCAUAUCACAACCAAAAAAUGAUGCAAUAAGUUUCUAUAACAGAAAAGGGACGUUUUCCAUCAUUGCAUAG